CGUUAUUCUUCCUCCUCUCUCUCUCUCUCUCUCUCGUCUCUCUCUGUCGGUCGAUCUCGGGCGAGGAGUUAUGGAGGCGUUGUCAUGGGACGCCCUCCGGAAACAGGCAAGGAAACUUGAAGCUCAGCUGGAUGAGCAGAUGAAUUCAUAUCGUAGAUUGGUUUCCACAAAACCUGAUGGUUCAGAGAAGGAUCUUGAAUCUGGAAUAGAGCGAUUUCUGAAACAACUUCAGCUAGUUAAUUCACAGAUGCAAACUUGGGUAUCUUCAGGAGGCUCAGAAAUCCUUUCACAUACAUUAACUCGGCAUAGAGAAAUUCUUCAAGAUCUUACUCAGGAGUUUUAUCGGCUCCGCUCUAGCCUUAGAGCUAAGCAGGAACAUGCAUCACUCCUUCUGGACUUCAGGGAUUUUGAGAGGGCAGGAUUGGACAUGGAAGAGGGUGCUGGUUCUGUCGAUCAGGCUCUUCUUAAAGAACAAGCAGCUUUAAGUAGAAGUUCAGGACAGAUGGAUGGUGUAAUAUCCCAAGCCCAAGCUACUUUGGGAGCACUUGUUCUUCAACGCUCAACAUUUGGUGGCAUUAGCGGCAAGAUAAGCAAUGUCAGCGGCCGACUUCCCACGGUAAAUCAUAUCCUUUCAGCAAUUAGAAGGAAAAAAUCAAUGGAUACCAUCAUUCUUUCCCUUGUUGCUUCUGUUUGUACGUUUCUUAUCUUGAUUUACUGGUUGUCAAAGUAAGAUGCAGUUUGAGAAGUUGCCAUUUGAACGAUUUUCCUCUGUAAUCACACACAUCUAGCUGUAAUGCUUAUUAUAUUAAGAUUUUUCAUUGUUGUGUUCGUCACUAA